ACAGAAGUACCCCUUCAUCCCUCUGGGCAAAACAGGACAAAGGAUGUCGUGGAUAACAGAAGGUGAACUGUCUAUGCUGGAGAGAUUCUGUGCCAGUGUGUUAAAAGCUGGACCGAUGCCCAAGCAUGUAGCAUUCAUCAUGGACGGCAACCGGCGUUACGCUCAAAAGCAUAAUGUGAAAAAACUGGAAGGACACACGCAGGGAUUUGCAAAACUGGCACAGACUCUGCAGUGGUGUUUGUCUCUGGGCAUCCGGGAAGUCACAGUUUACGCUUUCAGUAUUGAGAACUUCAAGCGGUCCAAAGAAGAAGUAGACGGGCUGAUGGAACUGGCGAGGCAGAAAUUCAUCCGUCUUCUUGAGGAACAGGACAAUCUGGAGAAACAUGGGGUCUGUGUUCGAGUCCUUGGAGACCUGACACUCUUGCCACUAGAUAUCCAGAAGCUGAUCGCCAAGGUUGUGUUGACUACAAAGCAAUAUAACAAGUGUUUUCUGAACAUCUGCUUUGCAUACACGUCGAGAGAUGAGAUUAGCAAUGCCGUGAAGGAGGCGGCUUGGGGUGUUGAACAAGAGCUGCUGCAGCCAAGUGAUGUGUCAGAAUCAUUACUCGACAAGUGUCUCUACACCUGCAAGUCCCCUCAUCCAGACAUCCUGAUAAGAACUUCGGGAGAGGUCCGGCUUAGCGAUUUCUUGCUGUGGCAGACGUCUCAUUCCUGCCUGGUGUUCCAGCCCGUCCUGUGGCCAGAGUAUUCCUUCUGGAAUUUGUGGGAUGCCGUCAUCCAGUACCAGAUGAACCACAGUGCUUUGCAAAAAGCCAGAGAGCUAUACCUAGAAGAAAGGAAUUGGCAGCAGCUAAAAAACGACAAGAAAUAUGUAACUGAGAAGCUGAAACAAGAAGGGUGUGCGUCCCCUGGCGAUCCUCAGCUUCGGCAGGAGCUCCUACAAGAAUGCAAAGCUCAGCGAGAAGAGAGGAUCCAGGGCUUUCUGCAGGCCUUGGAAAAGAAGAGAAUGGACUUCCUUGUCAAACUAAGCACGGUGUCUGCAUGACACGAAGGGUCUCUUA